CUGGCACAUACAUACAAGUGUUUUUGCUCCAGUUGCCUUCCUUGAUGACUUCAGCAUGGGGCAUGCAAUAUUUUUUUUUUUAGGGAUGGUGCUGAAUCUAGCUCACAGCAGGGAAAUGCAAGAUUUGGUGCCCAAAGACUUGGUUCUUGACCAAGUUGUGACAGGAAUUUUGGGGGAAGAGGUCUACCUGCACUGUCUGUACACUGGGCAAAGUAAAAUCUUGCUCUCCUCCUGGAACCGUCUGGAUUCUUCAAAGAGUGCCAAGAAAAUGGCUGGCUACAAAUUCAAUAACAUUUCUUUCAAAAGAGAAAACUUUGACUUCCCUGCAUCAGUUACCAACCUCACUGUAAAGGUGAAUGUAACAAGUCUUGAUGUAGAGGGAGAAUACACAUGCGUCUUCAACUCUGAUGAGGAUGAAACAAAGGACAACAUGUUACUCAAGGUCAUUGCCCGUCCUGAUAUUGAUAUCACAGUGAAGGAGGAGGUAGUGAACGGGACUCUCUACCAAGCUGUCACUUGCUCUGCAGCCAAUGCCAAGCCUCAAGCUUUCAUCAGCUGGGAGAUUUAUGGUGCCCUUCCAAGAGAUGACAUCUUCUCUGUGAACAUGAUUAAUAUGACUCAUUCCAAUGGCACAACCAGUUCAAUCAGUGUACUUCGAUUCGCCUUAAUUAUGAAUAACGAGAGUGCUGUCACCUGUGUCAUCGAACAUCCAACUUUUACUGAACCUAAAAGAGCCAACAUCGAGGUGGACACAUUUGUUUCUCCUAUUAUGACAAUGGAGACAGUCCUGGUCAAAGUAGAGGGAGAAGACUUACAAGAGGUCAUCUGUACAGCGACAGGGGGGAGGCCUCGUCCAAACAUCACAUGGAUGCUGCCUGAAUUAAAAUAUGCACCACCUUUACAGAGAAACAUCUCAAAAACAGAUUCAGUUAUUAGUUCAUACCGGUUCCUGUCAGAUCUGUAUGAGGGUGAAAAUAUCACAUGCAUAUUUGGCUACACGCUUCUGCCUUUUAUAUACACAAGGACCGUUACUUUGCCAAUUUACAGUCUUUCUUCCCUUCAGUUAAAGGACCAUAGUCUUGCUAUUAAUGGUGGAAAUCAGACUUUAUUGGUGUUUGAGGAAGGGGACACUAACGUCACAAUCAGGAUGGAUGUUUUAGGCAAUGUACCAAGUUAUAAAAUCAGCUGUACAAAGGAUGGCCAACCACUGCCUGAGGAUGUGGAUGUGGUUGGCAGUGAUCUCUUUAUCAAAGGACCUAUUGAGGACCUGCACCAUGCAGGACAAUACAUUUGUCAGGCCUCUUAUCGUAGACAUUUGGCCUCCUUACAGAUGAAAAUUGAAGUAAAUCCGAAAGUCCUCUUACCAGAGACAUUUGCCCCUAAUAUUAGUUUAAAUCACAAUGUUAGUUCAGACCACAUUUACAUUGAGUGUUUGGCCUCCAAUGGUGUCCCUGCUGCUAACGUGUCCUGGAUCAUUCCACAAGAGCUGAUUAGUAGUACAGUUCAGUCAGAUGUUGUUUCCUGUAAUGGAUCAUAUUCUGUCAGAAGUGUGGUAAAUGUGCCCAUGUGCAUGCCCCGUGAACACAAAAUUGAGUGCAUAGUCCAACAUCCCCAUUUCACAGGCAAAGAAGAACGAUGGUUUACUAUUCCCAAGUGUGGGUUGUCUGCAAGCCGCGUGUAUGUGGGAGAAGAGCGAUACAAUCAUCUUUGGUAUGCUGUGUGUGAGUACAGUGGUGUUGGAGUGAAACCGAACAUCUCCUGGGUCCUUCCUGGUGAAGACACCAUAUUUCAUGCACCUGUUCAGGCCAAGUACAAUGGAAUUAAAGUACAAGUCAAUUCAACCUUCGAAUUUCAACUCAGUCAGUAUGAGGGAAAGGAGUUGAUAUGUUUGAUCCAGAAUGAGCAAGGCAAAGUUGAGAGACGGGCAAAAACUGUUCCAAAAUAUUUUAUCUCUUCUAUUGAGGUUUUAAAUGAAACCACACUUGAACAUAGAACUCAUGGGCAACAUGAACAUAGAUUGACUUUGCAAAAAAACCUCUUUCACCAGACGAUACUUCUCAGAGCCCAUGGCAAUACACCAUCAUACAAGACUCAAUGUUACAGGGAAGACGGGUCAGCAGCAUACACUGUAGGCAUGGCAUUGGUUUUUCAAGAGCCAGUAUCUGAACUGGAUGCAGGGCUGUACAUAUGCCAUGUCUCGUACCACCACCACAAGGCUACAAUCUCCAUUCGGGUGGUUGUAACUAGUGAAGAAACUCAACACAUGAUAUUUAUCACCAUCUGCUUCUCGUCGGCCGCAGCAAUCACACUGAUCUUGAUUGUCGUUUUGUGUGUCCUUUGUAAAACAAGUGGGAGUCACUCAUCAAACAAGAAAAACAGGAGAGAGCGCGAGUCUCUUGCAGCCCUGAUGCAGGAUCCUCGCUGCCCAGAAAAAACGGUGCUUCCAAGCGGGGUGGGGCCUGACAAUGCUGAACUUGUGCACUAUUCUAUAGUUUUUGAUGCUAAAACCACGGUGUGAGGCAUCCGUUGGGUU